AUGCUUCGAAACAUACGAAAUCCAGAACAAUAUGUUCCUCUCAAACGAGUGAAUAUCGCAGCUAUUAUUCGAUCUUUUGCUGCUGAUGUGUGUAUCACUCAAGUAUUUCGAAAUGAUGAAACUACACCAAUUGAAGCUGUCUACUGUUUUCCAAUAGAAAAACAAGCAGCCAUUUAUGCUUUUGUGGCACGCAUCGAUGAUCGAGAGAUUGUCGCUCAAUUGAAAGAAAAGAAGGUAGCUCAAAGAGAGUAUAAUGAAGCUCUCCAACAAGGUCAUGGAGCUUAUUUACUUGAACAAGAUGAAAAAUCACAAGACAAUUUCAUAAUCAAUGUUGGUGCUCUUCCAGCUGGUAAAGAGUGUCACAUUAUCAUUUCGUAUGUCUCAGAGUUGGAUCUUGUUGAAAAUGGAACCAAAAUUCGUUUCGUCAUUCCAACAACUAUUGCUCCUCGCUACAAUCCUGAUCAAGGUGGCAUUAUCUCACCAGCUGAUACUUCCUCAAAUUCGAUAUCCCAUCCGAUUCAAGUAGACUUGAGUCAACAAGAUUUUUACGUCAUUACAUUUGCUCAACAGAAUACUCAUUUGGAUCGUGAUAUUCUCUUAGAUGUAGAACUGGAUGAAAAACGAUCGAACACAAUUAUUGCUGUUGAAUCUGGUGCAAUCAUGGCUUCGUUUACACCCAGUGAAGAAGAUUGUCAACGUGCCAUAAAUAAUACUGAGAUCACUAAUGAAUUUAUCUUUGUCGUUGAUUGCAGUGGUUCAAUGGAUGGUGAAAACAAGAUUGGGCUGGCGGCACAGGCCAUAUUACUCUUUCUUAAGAGUCUUCCUAUUAAUUGUCAUUUCAAUAUUGUUCGAUUUGGAUCUCAACAUCAGACUUUAUUCAAAGACAUCACUGCUGUCUACAACGAAAAGAAUACUCAAAAAGCUGAACAACUCGUGAAGAACAUGAAUGCAGAUUUGGGUGGUACCGAACUAUUACUUCCCCUUCAAUGGCUUGAAAAAAACCCACCAGUUCAAGGUCGCGCUCGUCAAAUAUUUCUUCUUACUGAUGGUGAAAUUUCGAAUGUUAAUGAAGUGCUCGAUCUUUGCCGUACAAUGGCCACUUCAACUCGCAUCUUUUCAUUUGGAUUGGGUUUUUCUCCUAGUCGUUCACUUGUCAAAGGCUUAGCUCGAGCUACAAAUGGACGCUUUGUCUUCAUUCCACCUCACACUAGUGUUGAUGUGCAUGUCGGCGAACAGCUUCAAAAGGCAUUACAACCCUGCAUUACAAACGUUCAAGUCAAAUGGCAUUUGGGUAACGUAACGAUGACAAGCGUUCCGAUGAAAACGCCACCUGUUUAUGUCAACGAUCGCCUUAUUGUUUAUGCUUUGAUGGCAGAUAAGUCUACUCUAUUCGAUCAUAAUUCAAGUGUCAAGUUGAAGACUGAAAAACACCGACUGGGUAAAGCAAAAGUGGCUCGAAUACCUGGUGUAGAUAACAGUGGAACGAUUGCUCGACUGGCUGCUAAGGCGCUUAUUCUCGAGCUACAACAUGCAAAAUUACCAUCAUAG